CAUGCUACAAGAAUGUUUGAAAGUGAAUAUCUUGGUUUUAUUUGUGGGGAUUUGUGCAAGUGUGAGGAACUGUACUUAUUUAAAAUACUGGGACAAAUCCUUGAAGAAAUGUCAGCCAUGUUCUAAGUGCCAGCUACCACAAAUUACGGGAACACCAUGUACAAAUACAUCAGAUGUGGUCUGUAUGGACCUAAAGCAUUUAAACUUUACUUUUAUAGUGGAUGAUUCUCCCAAGGUGACAUCAAGACUUCCAUUUCAAAGAGAUCUUUUGUACUUGGAGGGAGAAAAUGACACCUGGAGACUGCUGGCAUAUAUCCUUAUUGGUGUAUUGUGUUUUCUAGUCGUGACUGUUAUUGUGAGUCUUUUGGUGUCAUGGCACUGCAUCAAGAAGAGAAAAGCCACAAUGAAUAGAAAUUAUGUUGAGGGAGAAGGGGAGUAUGUGGUCAUUUGCCGACUUCCUGAUUUAGUCAGCCACUCCCCGCCUACAGAGAUGCCCGGAUCCCCGCCACAGAGUCCCCACAGACGCUCCUCACGACGUUCCCGGUUUUACCGAAACCACAGAAUCUAUCGCCCACAGAGACGUCUAAUGAAUGAGUAUGUGGACGAUGUCUUUGAAUCGGAGGAUUCCGGAGGAUCGAGAUCCAUUCGGAUACCCCUUCACACGAUUCCAGAGGAUAUUUGAGAUGUCUGCUUCAUAGGAAAUAAUCAAAAUGUUUAGUAUAUAAUUUCUGUAGACUGCGAAAGAUUUUUUUAACCAAGUAGGAAUUAAUUAAAAGUUUAUAUGUACAAUUUUAUGAGUUCCAUUGGCGUGCAUUUGCAGUAUAAAAAGAAUCUCGCCUCUGAUAUAUAUCCAAAGUCCGAUAGUAUUAGUAUUUUGCCAUAUGUCUGAUCUCAGUCUUGCAUAAAUAGACAUUUUUACCUUUAUUUGUAAGGUAGGGAAUUUAGUUUUGGUGUACAUAAAAAGCAUAAUAGAGAGUUUAUUUAAAAAAAAAAAAAAAAGGUGAUUUUUUCAUGUAAUUUUUCACAAUUGGCAUUUUCCUUAAAACAGAAAAUUGUUGAUUUUAUCUAAAUACGAGUAUACCAUCAGGUUAAGAUCA